AUGGUUACUUCGAACUUUGAAGCUAUACGGCUUAUGAAACAGACCGCAAAGCAAGACAACAUGAAUUUUUUGGCCAAGCCGGCUACAUCAAAGAUCUGCUACAAAGAGGAUUCCCCUGCGUCGGAAGGUGGCAGCAUCACCAACACAGACUCAGAAUCUUCCUCCAUAGAACUGGAUUGGGAAGAGGAAGAAAAAAAGCUGAGAAUUAUGGAAAAGAUUGACAGCAACCUUACGGAGCGUGCCAAAAAGAUCAAUGAACAGUAUGUGCUGUUUUCUUGGGAAAAUGUUGUUUUUGGUGAUAAACAGCCCGAAUAG